AGAAGAAGGACGUCCCGGAACUCAAAGGAACACGUGUGUGAGUGAGAGAGAAAUCAAACAGAACGGAGAUGCUGCGACGAGAGGCCAGGUUAAGGAGGGAGUAUCUGUACAGGAAGGCCCAGGAGGAGAAGCAGCGAACCAUCGAGGAGAAGAAGCAGAAGCUUAAGUCUGCUCUAGACGAGAAUCAUGUGAUCCCGACCACAAUCCGUAAGGAAGCACUGGAGCUGCAGAAACUGCUGGAGUACGAUGAUGAAGGGGGAGAUGGUGUCAGUUCCCACAUGGAUGAUGAGUACAAGUGGGCAGGAGUGGAGGACCCCAAAAUCAUGGUGACGACAUCAAGAGACCCCAGCUCCCGUCUCAAGAUGUUUGCAAAGGAGAUGAAGCUGAUCUUCCCUGGAGCGCAGCGGAUGAACAGGGGAAACCAUGAGGUGAAUGCACUGGUCCAGGCCUGCAAAGCCAACAGUGUCACUGACCUGGUCAUUCUGCACGAGACCAGGGGGCAACCGGACGGUCUGGUGGUGUGUCACCUGCCCUUCGGCCCCACGGCGUACUUCACCCUCUACAACGUGGUGAUGCGACACGACGUGCCAGACAUCGGGACCAUGUCAGAGGCCUUCCCGCACCUCAUCUUCCACAAUUUCACCUCGAGGCUAGGAGCCAGGGUAUCCAGCAUCCUCAAAUAUCUGUUCCCGGUACCCAAGGAGGACAGCAGACGAGUAAUCACGUUUGCCAAUCAGGAGGACUACAUCUCUUUCAGACAUCACACAUAUAAGAAGACGGACCAUAAGAACAUCGAGCUGACAGAAGUGGGCCCCAGGUUUGAAAUGAAAUUGUAUAUGAUCAAGCUCGGCACCCUGGAGAAUGAAAACACAGCAGAUGUGGAAUGGCGGAACUCGGCCUACAUGCGCACAGCCAAGAAACGGAAGUUCCUCAGUGUGGAGUAGAAAUCUCCCAGCCCCACCUACAUAACUCUGACCCCGCCCACACACCUCCCAGCCCUGCCUACAGAUUCUUAUGGCAAGAUGAGCCAUUGGGCCUGUGGCUGUCUAAUUGCUGUCAGAAUAUUGCAGCCAAAUGAAAGCAGAAUGGCGUCCUGUGGUGCAUACCAGGCUGUGGACUGAAUAAAUAUGCACCUCAAACUCAAACUGCAACAAACCUGGCUCCUGACGCUGGCCGCCAAGGUUAAUUUAGUUAACAUAAUGCUGUUAACUCGUUCAUAGUUGUUGCAGCAAGAAAACUACAUGACUGAAAGGUUAGAAUACUUUACUUUUAGUUCAAUUCUUUCUUUUCACUUUGAAUUUGAACAGAUGGUGUUCUUACUUUUAAAAUAUUUUUGCGAUUCUUUUUUUGUAACUGCAAAAGCACGAGUUGCCUAUUCGACGUUUGAAGCGGAGGACAUGUACUUUUGCAGUUAUAUUGAAUUGGUUCCUCAUGUAAACCCAGCCUUUUUUCAGAUGGAGGGAAGAAUCCUCUGUAAACUCCAGAGGAAGUUGUGUAUUGAGUGCUAUGUAUUGCAUUGAGUAUGUAUUUUCUAUGUACAAAUGUGUAAUGCCAUUGUGUAGAAGACUCCCCAUAAA